CAUUUCAAAGAAACAUCGCAACCAUAUAUCAGGCAGAAAGACGAACUAAUUGCUGUUUCUGUAGUACAGUUGUACGUACGAAGCAAAACCGUAGGAAUAUUUUUUUUAUCAUUGCAUUUUAUUUCUUCGUGUACUUUUGUAUUCGGUAAACGUAGUGAGUUUUGCAUUAUGAAGCCUGGAAGUGUUGUGGCUGACGAAAUGUUUCCUGAAGGAGCUGGCCCAUAUAUGGAUUUAGAAGAAGCUGGAGGAUCUAGUGGCCUGUUAAUGGACUUGGCUGCAAAUGAAAAGUCUGUUCAUGCUGAUUUUUUUAAUGAUUUUGAGGAUCUUUUUGAUGAUGAUGAUUUACAGUGAGGCUUUCAGAUUUGGGAGAUGUUGAUGUGUUUCAUAUUCUCAUACCAUCUGUAAAUAUAAUUUUGUGAAAAAAUUAAAAUAUAUCUGUAAAUGUUUAAUGAAAAUGUGUUCUUUUUACUUGUAUUAUCUUUUUAUUAAUAAAACAUUACGCUGAUAAAAUA